AUGUUACCAUUUCUCAAUAUCAGAUGCUCUUCUGGUGCCGCCAGACAGAUAAUAGCCAAGAGAUUGUUGUCAAGAACGCCGGCUCAACUUUCAGGGCACAACAAAUGGUCGACCAUUAAGCAUGAUAAAGCCAAAAAUGACGCAGAAAAGAACAAGAUCUCCAAUAAAUUCUCAGGGGCCAUUGCCGUAGCAGCGCGUGAAGGCGGACCUGAUCCUACAAAGAACAUUCGAUUGGCGACGGUGAUUGAAGCAGCACAAAAGGCCAACGUGAUGAAACGGGUGAUUGAAAACGCGAUCAAGAGAGGGUCAGGUACUGGCGAUAACAAGAAACAGUUAGAUCAGAUGGUCUACGAAGGGGUGGGACCUGCUGGUGUGGCAUUCGUCGUGGAAGCGUUGACCGACAACAAGAAUAGAACCAUUGGGGAAGUUAGAGCAUGCUUCACAAAGUUCGGGGGGUCGUUAUCGCCUUCAUUGUUUAAUUUCGAUAGAAAAGGUUACGUUGUUUGUGAAUUACCACUACAGAAUGCCUUGACUGAGGACCAGGUAUUUGACAAGGUCAUUGAGUGUGGGGGUGAAGACUACGAGGUUUAUGAAAAUGAUGAAGAGCCAACUAAGGAUAAAGACGGGAACUUGAUUCCUUUGCCAAAACUAUUAGAGGUCACUACCGAUCCUUCAGAUACUGGUAAUGCCACGGUAGAAUUGAAGAAGGAUUUCAAAAUCAAACAAGUUGGUAUUGCUUACAUUCCAAAGCCUGAUUUGGUCAUGAAGGUCGAAGAGGUCGAAGUCAGAGAGAAAUUGGAUAAAUUGCUACAAUCUUUGGAAGAUCUCGAUGAUGUGACAGAUGUUUAUUCUAACACCGAGGAGAACUAA